GUAUUGCCAGUAUUCACUUGGAUCGAGGUACCCAUCCUACAGAAAAACACGUGACCGGACGCCGGAAGCUUACGCCCCCAAAUCGAGUUCAUGACGAGUGAAUUGCCGUCAAAUACCAGUCUCUGUAAUGAGUGAAUGGGGGAGACUGGUGCAAGAGCCUAUACGAUUCGGCGAUUUUAUACUAUUUCAUCAUUUUAAGACGCAUUCAGUUUAGUCGAGACAAGAUAGCAAGAGCAGCAUUUUUUCGACACAAAUUUACUUGGCUCCUUGUGAAAUAAGGAUGGCGAGCAGCGCUAGCAGUGAACCUCCGUUCCAACUGGUGGACCAACACGACCAAGUGGAACACGCCAUUGCCGCAAUCAACCGCGAGGAACUGAUAGCUGUGGACUGUGAAGGUGUGAAUCUUGGCCGGGAUGGGUCACUCACUGUCGUUGCAAUUGGUACGAGAACGGACACAUUCCUGUUCGACGUACUAAAGCUGGGUGCACGGGUGUUCGACCGCGGACUCCGUGAGAUCCUCGAAGAUGUCAAUACCGUGAAACUAAUGUUCGACUGCCGAGGAGACUCAGAUGCCCUGUGGCAUCAUAACAAGGUCAGGCUCGCUAACGUCAUGGACAUCCAGCUGAUGCAGGUCCUGUACGAAAGGAGACAUCCAGAUGAGAAGCCACAGGCCCAGAAAGAUACGGAGAAGCGCUUCGAAGAAAAAGGCAAGAAGUUCAAGAAACAAAAAGCCUUGAAUGAAUGGCCCAGGGUACGCGGACUGGCACAGUGCAUCGCUUGGUAUCUAAACGACGCCUCGAUUUUGGCGACAAAAACGAGCUGCAGUCUGCCACACGCCGAUGGGUCUACUGAUCAUGAAAUGUGGGGCAAGCGUCCUAUCACUCGAGACAUGCAACUCUACGCCGCAAUCGACGUCUAUGUAUUGUUCCCGCUCUAUGACAAGUUCAAGCGCGGAAUCACGUAUGAAAACAUGAAGAAAGCGAAGAGAGGAUCCGAUAGGUAUGCCGGGUUCUUCAGGGACCGGAAAGUGAUUGCUCCUAAUCCAUACGAGUGCCACAACCUGCUUCACAUGUACAUCCUGGACGAUCAGCCAGCUAGCCGCAGGAAGAAAAAAUGUCCAGUUUGUGGUUUCAGUCUUCCUUCGGCUGAUAUCAACCGUGAUACUGGCCUAUGCAAGCUGUGCCGCCUGAAGAAGUUCAAGAUAGAGAGCGCCAAGAUAGGUAAGGAGAAGUGGGAGGAACACGAGAGGAAGCGCCUGGAGAAGGAGCAAGAGGAACUUGAGGAGCAGGAACAGGACUAAACAUUGGUGCCCUACCACAGGUUGGGUCUUCGGUCAAUGCACUUGCUGAACCGUUUCACCAGGGUCGGGUUGUUCAAAAUGACAAAACUCACGUUCUCCUAACGAGAGCUGAUCAAUUUUUUUAACUUUUGUGACCGCGCCAAAACCAGAAGUAGUAUUAUUCUGAAGUAUUAGAACAUUAUGCAGCAUCCUGCAAAAUAUGACUUCAUGACCCGGAUGAGUGCUCCGAUCUUAGUAACUGUACUAUACUGUAGAUGACACUACUGUAGCUGAUAUUCAUACGCGCGGGCGGAUGGGGCAGGGAUUUUCAAGCUAAUCCUUUUAUCAUGGGUCCCAUCAGCUUGCAGUAUAGAGUCUGGGAGAUAUGAAAACAUUCCAAUGAAACAGAGGAAAUGUCCUUCGUGUAAAGGGGGAUACAGUGGAAGAUGAGUUCCACUUUCUUAUUGUUUGUGAUAGUCACUCCGCUGCCCGGGAAGCAAUGUGUUUAAAUAUUUAUGUACAUUUAAUGACUUUUUAUAUCUCUCAGAUAUGGGUAAAUUUAAAUAUAUUUUAACAUGUACUUCUAAUUCUCUCUGUAUUCGAUUUGCAGGUUAUAUUUAUAAUAUGUACUCGUAUUAGUUGGAAGCUAACCUAUGGCCAGAUUCGAUAUUUUGGCAAACUAAUAAGGAGGUGAUGAAACUUGACCUUAUAAAGGUGUCAUCAUCUCCUGACUAAUUUCCUUAGAUGUCUUUUUGUUAUUUUUAUCUCGUAUCAUUGUAUUAUAUGUCUUUACAUCUGCAACAGCCUCAUGGGCACUAACAAAAUAUAUCAAGUGAAAUUGAAAUUGAAAUGUAAAUACUCUGUUGAAUGGCAUCGAACGACCAUGUGAUUCUGGGUGGAAUAUUCAAAGAAAACCGGUCUUAGACCUGCGAAUCUAGGAUUUAACUCUGCUGAUUCAUGUCUAACUAUAUUCAAGGCAGCACCGUCGUUCUAAAAUUUAAAUAUGGAAUUGAAUUUGAGUUUUUCAAUUUUGUAAAUAAACAGAAUUAUCUUAUGUUCAUUUGUAAAUUAACAUUUGAUGAUACAAAUUUCAACAUUUUAUGUACACUGCUAUAAAUUCUCCAUCAGCUGAUUUAAAAGGCAAUUUUUGCUAUUUUGCAUUCAUAAAUUCCGUCCUUUUUUCUUGUUUAUUAUCACUGUAUUUUAAGUUAUUCGUCGGAAACAUAUGCCCUUUUUGGUGAUUUUAAACGCACUAUUUUAUAGCGUGUGGAAAUUUGCUGCCAGUGUGGUCUUUUUCGUGCGUAAACGGUGAUUGAAAACGAGGUGAUUUUGGCCCUCCGAGCACUAUUAAUGAGCUGUAAACAGGAAUGUAUAUUCACCUUGGUACAUAUAACAAGGUUAUCACAGGCAUCCUGGCCUAACCAGUAUUUCCAAUGUAUUCCGCCUGUCGAUAUUUUGUAAACAUGUAAGACGUUGGAGUAAAAAAGCCUGAUCAAUCGCCACCAUACGGCAUUUUGUUACAUUAGUGUUCAUACAAGUAAUACAUGUGCCAAGGGCGCCAUUAUGCAGGCAGAGAGGUUUCCAAUAUUUUAUUAGGUCUGCGUGGAGGAUGUCCUUCUUUGCCUUGGUACCACUUUUAUUACCCUUAAAAUUGUUCAAUCUAUAAAAAGCACAGACACGUGUAAUAUCAGCGUGCAGUUUCCAUGGUAACCAUACAGGCAACUUUAUAAGUCAAGUUGAUGUAAUAACGGUGGUUUAUAUGUCUAGUCGCAGCAAUGUGACAAGAUUAGUAGAUUGAGCUUUAUUUGCCGAGGCCAGAUAUGAGAUAUGGGCUGUCAAAAAGAGGAUAUCACAAGGAAGGUAUAAAGUGGUAUUGAUGAUAAUAUUAUUCUAGGUGAGAAUUCACACCGUAAGAGAUUGGUACUGGAUCUAACCACUAGGUGGUAGGAAGAAGUUAUUGAUAGCUAGAUUUCCAUGCGCCGGUGUAGAAGUUUAAAAUGUCCUAGGAUAGAAUGCCCGGGAUACAAAGGAUUCUAUUAUGCGCUUCAAUCUCUGAGCUAUUGACGGUCAGGGUCUCUAUAGAACCAUAAUGCAGAAUACAAUAGGGCCGGACACUUUUUCCAGGGGGGCAUUUGUUACUGUUACACCGGUUUGAACUAAAGUGGGACCUCCCUUAGCGGACAACUCUCUACUAAGGACAACCUCUCAAUUGGAACCUCUCUUAGCGGACACCUCUCUAUUAAGGACGACCUCUUAAUUAAGGACACUAGGUUUGGUCCAAAAUGGGUUGUUUCCAUU